AUGUCGUCGACGGCGACGCGGGCGGUCUGCGCGCGAGCAACCUCGUUCCGUCGCGCGAUCCGAUCCCACGGCGCGCGCGCGACGUCGCGUCCUUCGUCGUCCUUCGCGCGAUCUCGCGCGUCCGACGGCGACGAAACGUCAUCUGAUGAGAUGUCAGCGAUUGCUGAAACGUCCACGACCGACGUCAGCUCGCGCGACCGCGGGUCGUCCUCGGCGUCGCUCUCCGCCGCCGCCGCGUCCGUCGCCGCGUUCACGACCUUCGCGACCGCGUCCGCCGCGCUCGCGGCGGCGACGGGCGCGGACGCCGUCGUCGUCGACGCGUCCGACGCCGCGAGCGCCGCGAGCGUUCUCGACGUCGCGCGCGACGUCUUCGCCGCGAUCGACGCGGCGCCGCGGUGGAAGUCCACCCCGGCGUGGCUCCUGCUCCUCAUCCUCGCGGAGAUGCUCCCGCUGGUCCCCACGCAGCCGUUCGCGCUCUUGUCCGGCGCGCUGCUGGGGCCGACGUGCGGCGCCGGCGCGUGUCUCCUCGGGUACGUCGCCGCGGCGUCGGCGUCAUACGGCGUCGCGCGCGGCGCCGGCGCCGCGUUCGCGCGCGCCGUCGUGAAAGAAGAGGUGGAGCAGGGCGGCGCGGACGACGAGAAGGAGGACGCGAACGCGUUCGCGGCGCGGUGGAAGACGAUCCAGGCGCGGCUCGCGUCCGCCACGCCGACGGAGCAAACGGCGCUCAUCGCGUUGUACAGGUCGACGCCGCAUCCGUUCUCCGCGUCUUCGUAUCUCUUCGGUCUCGCGCGGACGCCGUUCGCGCCGUACGUCGCGGGCACCGCGCUCGGAUCCGCGCCGUGGAGCGCGCUGUACGGCGCCGUGGGCGCGUACGUGCGCGAGCUGCUCGACGGCGGGGAAGGGAUCGAGCGCGCGCUCGCGGACGGGAGAGCGUUGCUCGAGGCGGACGUUCUGGAGGCAGAGACGGCGGCGCUCGCGAUCGGGUCCGGCGUGCUCUUCACGGCGGUCGCGCGGUGGGCCGCAGCGAGGUGGACCGAGAGCCGUUCGAGCUAGCGGCCUCGACGACGGACGGACGCGCGAUGAGAGUACUGAUGCGUACGCGUGCCGUGCAGCGUGUAUUUCAACGAGUCGCGCGCGCGUCGCGCGCGUUCAUGCG